UUUAGUUUUCGCAGCACAUUUCCGGAAGCAAAAUUCUCACUUUCACUCGUUGAAACGCAAAACAAACAAUUUGAAGUGAACAAAAGAUAGCCAUGCUUGAUGUCACAUGAGGAUUAAGAACUCCUGGUUUUAUACAUUGACAACGUAACAAUAUUGAAAUGAAUUUUCACCCAAAUGCGAUGGCAGCCCACCAAAUGGCUGGUGCGGGAAGAAAUUAUGCCUACAUAAGACAACCAAUAGUCGGAGGUCAUGCAGGUCUCUCUCAUAUUCCUCUCAAUCUCAUGCAGACAAUGCAACCAAGUCAGGCAGUCUUGUCUGGAAACCCGAUGAUGCUUCAGCACCCGAACAUUGCUCAACAUGGCCAGGUCUUGUUAAGGCAGGGUCAGCCAUUGCUUCUGAGACAGCCUGGGACAAAUCUGUUGCAACAACAGGCUCAGGGAUUUGUACAUAAUGGACUCACUGAAGUACCUGUCAGUGGAAUGCUUAGUUCAAGAUAUAACUUGAAUUUGCAAGGACAGAAUAGUAUGAAAGUCAAUGCUCUUCUUGGACAAAGAGUUAAUAUGAAUCAUCAAGGACAAGCGCAGUUACUGAAUGCUAGGGUGAAUUUGAAUUCACCUCAGCAGGCUGGUAAUGGAGCAAUGGUGAGAAAUCUAAUGGGAAACAAUAUUCAAAUCCAGAGGCCGGCUUAUGUCCUUCAAAAUGGCCAAAAUAUGUUUACUUCAACAGUUAGCAGUUCUCCUUUACAGACUCAUACAAUAGUCACAAGUUCCAAUUAUUCUCAGUUAACCACUUCAUCAUCGACAGAGGUAAGACAACCAUCUGAAUCUAGCCAGAGUCCCCAGGAAGCAAGUGCCUCCCCUAAACCUACCCUGACCCCAGAGAAUAGUGGAUCUGUCCAUGAAACAUCAACCAGUUCUCCUCCUUGUUCUGAGUUGACUACAGAAAGUCCUAGCAAUACCCCACAGAGUAGUGAAACUACUAUGGUGUCUGUUGCAGAAUCAUGUCCAAGCACCCAGGGAUCAAAACUUGUCAUUCCAACAGAAACCCGAGUCCUGCAUAGAGAAAAACCAUAUGAUAGAAUAAUACGCCCCAAUUAUAUAGCACUUACUGACCCAAAGAACCAUACAAGCAAUAAAAAGGAUUCAAAAGAUCUUUUGAUUGAAAGUUUACAAAAAGAACUACAAAGGCUACAGAAAGAAAAUUCAGAACUGAAAGUGGAAAACAUGAAAUUAAAAGGAGACCAGUCUGAGAAAGAAAGUCUUGGUUCAACAUCGUCAGAACCUACUCUAGUCAGUGUAGAUUCAGCACUUGAACAGCAGAGUGGAACUGUAAGGAUGGAUCAGGAAAUCUCGAAAGUGGCCGAGGAAGAGGAGAUCGAUGAGGAUGCUUUGUUAAAUAUGGACAGUCAGACAGACAAUGUCACAUUGGGUGCUAGUACUGGAAAUCCAGAAGUUACCCUAGAGGGUCAGAGCUCAGAUGGGAAACCUCAAUCUGAUUCGGAAAAUAGUGUCCAGGACACAACGAACAUUGUUUCCAUGGCAACCAAUUCUCAAAGCUCGUUGAAGGCAGAAACUGAUCUAGCUGCUGACAAUAAAAACUUACACAGAGCUAGUGACAUUGAAGCACAGUAAAUUCUGAGAUUGCAAUAUAUUUUUAAAAGAUAGACGUUGCCAUGGAUAUUAUGUGAUUAGUUUUUAAAACAACUUUAUAUGUACAUGUAUUUUAAAGUGUUUGAAUUCUGCAUGUGCUACAUUGUAUAUGAUAUUUGUGAUUUUCAAUGUUUGUUUCUUACGAGUUUUUUUAUAUCAAGAAAAUAAGCACAUUUUAAGCACACAUAUUUUUAUACUUAGAUCCAGAGUCAAUCCCAAAAUCCCCCGAAGAUCUGUUUGUCUGAUUGAAGCUGGCCACUUUAUGGGUAGCAAGCUUAGGGUGAUGAUUUCUUUAUUAGUUUCCUAGAAACUUGAAUUGUAGAACAUUGUUGUGAUGAUUUAUGGAAAACAGAAAUAGCUAAUCUGGUAUAUAGAUUUAGUCAGAAUCCUUAAUCUGUAAAAUACAAUAGCUUUUAUUUGUUUGUUUGUUUGUUUUUUUUUGUUCUUUCGUGCUGUUACUGGAUUUUGGCAUGAUGUACAUGUGUCUUUUUAAAAAUGCAGGGUCAUUUUCUUUUUAAUUCUAAGAAUCCUAGCAAUAUCUACUUAAUAGAUGACAUGUAUUAUGGAGUGAUAUUAAUUGUUAUAAUGUAUGCAUGUAUCUCCACAUAUAGAUCAUUUGAAAAAGAUGUCAAUCUGAGCAUUUAGUAAAUAUCUCAUGUAUCUUUCCUUUUAUUUAAGAAAGGAAAUCUUCCUAUUAAGCUUUUCUGUUUUUUUGACAUUUAGAUUUUUUUUGUUAUUGUUUUAUUUUUGGAAGGGAUGGGGGGGGGGGUUACCACUUAAUUUUUAUAUAGUUUAACUAUUGCUUCGGUAUCAAAGUGCACAUAUUUACGAAAAAGUUGUCGUUAAUAUUUUGAAUAUCUAAACAAAAUGAAGAAAAAUAAACUUAAUCAUGUCAAUAUAGGCAUACAAAGUACUAUUUAGGCAUAUCAAACACUGUUCUUUAAUUUUUAAUCAUAAAUUUUGUAUUAAUUUGAAGAAGACAAUCUACAUGAUGUCAAUACUUAUUAGAUUUGAUUUAAAUCACUUCAAUUUAAAUAAAAUGUCUUUUUAUAUUCGAAUUACAAGCUAUAAAGGAGCAAUUAGUGUUGAAAUUGUGGAGGGAUGGUUAAUUUUAUACCUUUAACUUUUAAAUGAGAGGGAAUAUGGGAUGUUUUACUUUUAAUACUGCAUAAGCCUAAAAAAUGAGUUGAUUAACAAUCAAAUGAUUGUAUUCAUUUGUUUUACACUGCACAUGAAACUAUUAAGGUUAGGUUUGUGUGAUAAUAUUUGUUUGAAAUGUGAACACAGUAUAUUAGUGUUGAUUUUCAUAAUUUAAAACAAGAGUGGCAUGUGUUUGAAAUAUGCUUAUAACUUCUUUUUCAAGUCUAUAAUAUGAAAUAGUCUCUACAUGAAUUCAUGUAGGAUUGUAGGGCAGUGGAUGUUGGAUAUGCAUGUACUUUCGUUAAUGAUCAGUUUUAGAAUUUAGACUAUUAUCUCUAUGUAUUUUGUGACAUCUUUGUUUGUUACUCCAUUGUUUAGGCUUUAUCUGUUUUGGUACCUUUGUUUUGUAUUUUUAAAUUAGUUAUGAUAUGACAAUGAUUUGAAUAUCCAGGUUGUCCGUUCCUCUGAUUUUCAAAAAUUAUGCCCUGAUACAGUAAAACAUGCUUAUAGCGAACACGCUUAUAAUGAAUUUAUGCUUAAAGUGAAGUGAUAUUCAUUCUCUGUGUGUUUUAAACAUAUUGCUAAGCUAAUGUAUAUAACAAAUUUUGUUUAUAGCGAAGUCAAAUUGCCUGUCCUUGGCAGUUUGCUAUAAGCAUGUUUUACUGUAGAUGUUGAGACAAAUCAGUUCUACUGCACUGCAGACAGGCACCCAGAUGCCAGUUGGAAUCCUAAUCAAGCUGUAUGGAAAGGUACAGUAAUGCAUAUCUUUAUCUAGGUAUUCAUUGACCGAGUUUAUAAGACAAUUUGUAGGGAGGGACAGCAUUAAAAUAUACAGAGUAGAAAUAUUACAGUAUGUGUUUUAGGUCAUUGUAUGUAGAAACUUACCAUAGUAAAAUAAGGGACAAGUACACUCAAAAGUAUGUCAAUAUUUUCUUUUUUUCAUAUAUAUUUAAUUGAAAACAAGACUUAUUUUUGAAAAUUUUUGUAAGAUGUGAUAUUUUAAACUCAACACUUAAGAUGUUUUUUAAAAGCUCCGGUAUGUAUCUUUUGAGCUGAAAAAUCUUAAUUUGGAUUGUUAAUAUCAAAUCUCAGGAAAAGAAGGUUGUUAAAAUAUUUAAGUUUGAUGCCAAACAAGUUAAAGAAAUUCUGAAUUUAUCAAUCCAGUUCUUUAUAAAAUCAGUCCAGGGGUUACUUUUAAACAAUUCAACAUUUUCAAUGAAAUAUAUAGUGAAAAAAAUGACAUACUUUUGGCACCUGGGUGUUUUAAUUUAAGAAUAAAGGAACAAAACCAGAACACAAAACCACAGUUAAGUUAGCUUAACCGAUUCUCUUGCUUUCAUUCAUCAGACUAUGGCUUUUGCAUGUUGUAUUCAGUUGCACUGUUUAUGAUAAACAUAGAACAGAAAUCAGGACAGACUGACUGCUACUUAUAAUGCACACUGGCAAUCUUUCCUUUAUACAUAUGCUUACAUUGAGUGCUUAUGUUUUCAUAAGAUAAGGUAAAAAUUUGUUUGGCAAAAAGUGAACUAUUUUUCCAAAAAAUUUUUUAUAUAUA